GCAUGGAAGUUACAAACACGAAUGAUUAGUCAGUCUCUGAAAUCAUUAUCAAAUUUAUUAUAAUUUCACGAAUUCAGCUUACGUUAACUCAAGACGUUAGUUGAUAGGAUUGGAACCUUAGUUAUUUACUUUAUGAAACAUCUGAACGGCUUUUCUUUUUGAAGGGUCACAAAAAGCUCGAACCAGUCCUGGCUGACUUGGGUGGCAGUGUGAUAUACCAUAGUCUUACUGCUGUGUUGGAGAUGGAUGACUUGGAAGAACACCUGGGUCUUCACAAGCACUUGGUGGAUGAUGAUGGCGACUCCUCAGACAACAGCUCGACACUAAGAGGGAAAAAGUUAAGACUCCCUCUGGUCCAACCCAUGUUUGUAGAGACAAAAAAGGAAACAGGAUUUACUCAGAGUUGUAGAAUGUGUCUGGAGCAGAUAAGAGAAGCCAUGCUGCACCAUAGGUGGCAGGAAGCAGCAGAGUACAUGGCAUGCUACCCCCAAAUACUGGAGGAUAAAGCUUGUUACACAACAAAGCAGUAUAAAGAGCUUAUUUGGAGAGCCAGCACUGAGAUCCUUCACCACCAUCCCAAGUCAACGAUUGAGGACUACAACAUCAUCUAUGAACGACUAAAACAUUCUGGAUUUAAACUUUACCUGAAGGUUUCUCUGGAACAUUCCUUCCACCUGAUGCUUCAGGGUAAGUUUGAAGAUGCAAAGCAACAUCUCGCUGCAGCUGAAAGCUGGAGGUAUGGGAAGGAGUCAUCUGCUCAGAUUCAGAGGACUAAACUGAUCCAGGCUUACAGGAGCUUGCUGGAUUUUAUCAUCUGGUCUGAGAAAAAGGUUGUGCUCUCCAACAACAACACUGUUGAUGCACUUUCUGAGAAUCAAAGCAUGCAUAACUACUUCAGACAAGCUUCCGUGAAUCUUAAAGGGAUUCUAAGUAAUCCAGGCGUCUGGGAUCCCUUCAUCCUGAGUUAUGUUGAGAUGCUGGAGUUCUAUGAAGAUUACGAGGAGGCUCUGAAAGUCCUGAAUGACUAUGCAUUUGACAAUAGUUUUCCACCCAAUCCCAAUGCACACGUGUAUCUGUACAAAUACUUGCAGCGGCAUGGUGCUCCUCAGAAAAAACUGAUACAUGUGUUAAAGAAUCUUCAGUUAUUAGUCCCGAGCCACGAGUUGAUGUUGGAGUAUACCUCCCUCCUGCUUCAGUCAGAAAAACAAAAGAACACGCAGAAAGCUUUAGGAAUCGUUCUUGAAAUGCUUGACUUUGCCUGCUGGAGGAACAACCUGGACGUGUGGAUGUGUUUAAAGACCAUUAUUGACAAACUGCAGACAGAAGACGACUGGGAGAGCAUCAUCAGUGAAAAGAUGACUUUGCGGAAAGAAUGGUGGCCUGCACUGCACUUCACACGCUUCCAUGCCAAUAAAGACUCAGAGGAGAACCCUGAGCUCCUGGAAGUAAAGGCACCACUGGUUAAAAUCCUUUGUCCAGACCGAACUCUGAAGUACUAUGCUGAGCCAGUAACUCGUGGAAAAUGAAUGAGUGAGAUACAAAAAAGCUGUCUUCAGUACUGUCUGCAAGCAAGUGAAAAUGGCAAGACAUUCAUUGGGACGCUUCAUAUAUGCACUUUAUAUUUGUUUUUUUCUACCAGUUUCUUUCUUUAAAAUGAUUUUAAUUUACAGUUCACAGAGUUCACACAGUAAUGUGCUCCCAGUCCUAAACAAAAUCCUUCCAUGUUGGAUAAAUUUUGCCUUUAUCAUGUCACCAGCUGGAAUAUCCACUAUGUGGAGCUCUUGUGCUGUUCUUCGUGAUGGGUUUUGCUCACCCAGCUUUGACAGUGUAGCUCUGAAUGCCAGUUGUAGUAUUGAGACAAUAUUGUAAAUAUUUUAAUGAGAAAUGAGUCUCACUCUGACCUUUAACUGCUGUGCAGAGGUGUAUUAACAUCAGUAGAGUGUACACCACACAAAACCAGGGGGGGUUUCUCCCUGUCAUACUUCACUGUCAUAUCAAAGAUUCAUCACAGGCUAUGAGCAGCAUGUUUUCAGACGUGUGACUGACAGUUGGCAGGCGGCUGCUGCUCAGAGCUUUGGUAUCAGUCCAUUUUAUGUCACAUGUCCUUCAGUCAGUUCAUAAAUGACUGUGGUCAUUUUUGUGUAAGUAUUUUGUACAGGUUCAGUGUAACCAGCACUGUCAGGCGUUUACUUAAAGCUUCAACAGUGCACUGUGUUCUGCAAUCAGGAGGCUCAUUAUUAUAAUGGAAUUUUUACAUUUUUUAUAAAACUUGUUUUGCCCAAUGAAAUGUUUCUAAUUGCAUUAAAUUGUUGUGAGGUUCAAAUUCUGUUCAUUACCUCAAGUCUUUUUCACCCAACCAUGAAAUAAAGUGUUGCAUCCAG